CGACCUUUUGAUCAGAAAAGUAUUCAGAAAAACAUUCAAACGUUCGAAUAAAGAUUUGUUUAUAAAAAAGCAUAAAAAGAAGCAACUUAAAAAGAGAAAUAAAUAUUAAAUCCACGAUAUACAUGAAAAGUAAAUGUUGAAACAAGAUAGAGUGGAGAAUGUGGCGAUAUUUCAUCGCUUCUGUUGUGGAUAUUGACAAUGCUAUUUGUUGUUUUUCAUGGCCGUUCUCAAUACUUUGGAGUCACUGGCGUUUACCCCACAUAAGACAAUCCAUACUUACUAGAGUUCGAUUUGUAAUCUUACUCUUGAUUAUUACUCUGGCAUGUUUGGCCAUGCUUUCUGCAAAGAGUUGGAUGUUAUUAAACGAAUCUAUAUGUUCGAAAAUUGGAUUCAGACUUUGUGAAUUAUUGCAUGGCCCUGGCCCAGUUUAUCGCAUACUUUUUUUAAUGUUUUUAUAUUUUUUUAUGAUGGCAAUAUUUCUUGUUGAUAUACAGACUACAAAGUCAUGGAGAACGGUGUUUCAUAAUCAUCUCUGGACGUUAAAGUCGGUUUCCUUGCUUCUUCUGACUAUAUUGUUUAUUAUGAUCCCACGAACGAUAUAUACUGGCGAGGUCUGGCAUUUCUUCGGUUUAAAUUCUGCAUUUGCGUUUAUCGUUUUGCAAUUUGUAAUCCUAAUCGAUUCCGUUCAUGCGUUUAACUUAAAAAUUGUAACUUGGAUGGAACAACCUGAACAUGAGGCAUAUACAAAAUGUUGCUUUUUGUUACUAUGGCUACCGACAUCGUUGUUUUAUUUAAUAAGUUUAUACGGAACUGUGAUAUUUUAUAAAAAUUAUAGCUCAAAAUCAGAAUGUUCAACCAACAUGUUCUUUAUAAGCUUUCACGUAUACAUGUGCGCAGCUGCGACUUUUGUAUCGAUACAUCCGAUAGUUCAAGAAGCAAAACCAAAAUCCGGUUUACUACAAGCUUCCGUGGCUUCAGCAUAUAGCACUUAUAUAUUAUGGCUAGCAUUAUCAAAUCAACCGGACGAAAUAUGUAACCCGACACGGGAAUAUUUAUAUCCAAUAGAUCCAAUUCGGAACCCUCAAAUUAUUGUAAGUCUCGUUAUAACCUUUUUCAUUUUAUUCGCAUUCGCCACACGAAUUGUGAACGCACCUCAAUAUGGCAAAUACGUAAGAGACGAAAAUGUAACCUUCGAAAGUAUUCAUGAGGAAGGCGAGGCUAGAAGAAAUAUGCCUCGAUUACCUUCAAUAAUAGAAGACGACGAGAUAAAAGGUGUAGAAUACAGUUACUCUUUUUUUCAUGUUAUUUUAUGUCUUGCCUCGCUUUACCUGAUGAUGACAAUGACUAACUGGUAUCGUCCAGAAGAAGAAGAAAACUUGACAGUCAAAUUGAUUGCCGGAUGGGGCGCCAUAUGGAUAAAAUUAUGCAGUGGGAUUUUUUGUGUUUUUUUGUACAUUUGGAGUCUUGUGGCACCAGUUAUAUUUCCAAACACGUAUGGAGAUUUAGUUUUCUAUGAAAUGCUGUUUUCAGUUUAACUUCCUUGAAGUCGUUGUUU